GGAAAUAAUGCGAAAGGUGUCCCAAGCCUCCUGAUCAGUGAACAGAGAUUUGAGGAAGACAGCCAAGCUCAUGUUUUCUCCUGAUCAAGAAAAUCAUCCGUCCAAAGCACCGGUCAAGUAUGGUGAACUUAUUGUCUUAGGGUAUAAUGGGUCACUCCCAAAUGGCGAUAGAGGAAGGAGGAAAAGUAGGUUUGCUUUGUUUAAAAGACCCAAGGCAAAUGGGGUGAAGCCCAGCACUGUGCACAUUGCUUGUACUCCUCAGGCUGCAAAGGCGAUAAGCAACAAGGACCAGCAUAGCAUAUCAUACACGUUGUCUCGGGCCCAGACGGUGGUGGUGGAAUAUACUCAUGACAGCAACACUGAUAUGUUUCAGAUUGGCCGGUCAACUGAAAGUCCCAUCGAUUUUGUGGUGACCGACACAGUUCCUGGAAGUCAAAGCAAUUCUGAUACGCAGUCUGUGCAAAGCACCAUAUCAAGAUUUGCCUGUAGAAUCAUAUGUGAACGGAAUCCGCCCUUCACAGCACGGAUCUACGCUGCAGGAUUUGACUCCUCAAAAAACAUCUUCCUUGGGGAGAAGGCAGCCAAAUGGAAGACAUCAGACGGGCAGAUGGACGGCUUAACCACCAACGGCGUUCUCGUUAUGCAUCCGCGCAAUGGGUUCACAGAAGACUCCAAGCCCGGAAUAUGGAGAGAGAUAUCCGUGUGCGGGAACGUAUUCAGCCUGCGUGAAACCAGAUCUGCUCAGCAGAGGGGGAAGAUGGUGGAGAUUGAAACCAAUCAGCUACAGGACGGCUCUCUGAUCGACCUGUGUGGAGCGACGUUGCUGUGGCGCACGGCGGAAGGCCUCUCACACACUCCCACAGUGAAGCAUCUGGAAGCUUUGCGGCAGGAAAUCAACGCGGCCCGACCUCAGUGCCCCGUGGGCUUCAACACCCUGGCGUUUCCCAGCAUGAAGAGGAAAGAUGUCGUCGAUGAGAAGCAGCCCUGGGUCUACCUGAGCUGUGGCCACGUGCACGGCUACCAUAACUGGGGAAACAAGGAGGAGAGGGAUGGCAAGGACCGGGAGUGCCCCAUGUGUCGGUCAGUCGGCCCCUACGUCCCUCUGUGGCUCGGCUGCGAGGCGGGAUUUUAUGUGGACGCCGGCCCUCCCACCCACGCCUUCAGCCCGUGUGGCCACGUGUGUUCUGAAAAGACAACUGCGUACUGGUCCCAGAUCCCACUCCCUCACGGGACGCACACCUUCCACGCAGCCUGCCCUUUCUGUGCCCAUCAGCUGGCCGGCGAACAAGGCUACAUCAGACUCAUCUUCCAGGGACCUCUAGACUAGUGGACCGUGGGCCUCCAGAACUGCAUUCUACAUUUAUAAGCUAAGAGAUUCGGGAUUUCCAGCCUAUUGUCCACAUCACCCUUUUCUCUGCUCCAACCAUUUGCAUUAAAAUAAAAGAAUUUUUCUAAGCAUUUGUAAUACAGAGUAGCAAUUUCUGAGCAAAAAUCUGGGAAACUCAAGCAGAGGGGUUUCUGAAAGUACCACACUUCUGAAUUCAUGAGUUUUGAAAAUCUA